AUGUAUUGGGGGAUCCUAUAUUCAAUUGCCAUAUUUUCUCUUGGAUUUUUAGAUAAUAUCAAAGGAGCAUUAGUCCAUCAGUAAAAUCAUGAACCGUAGAAUCUUACUCCAUUAAUAGAGCAAAAGGUUGGUUUAGACUUUUUUAUGGUUGGUGAUUAUGGCUGGGUUCGAAAUAUGACUCCUGCAUACCUAACAUUCGAUAAAAUGAACGAAAUUGCAGGAAAUAAAUCUGAUCCAAGAAAUGAUAUAGACUUUUUCUUAACAAUGGGUGACAACUUAUAUUCAAUGAAUAGCACUAAUCCUUCUGAUGAAGAUUUCGACAUUAUGAUGAGCCUAUUUUACAAAAGAGAUAACUUGAAGGAUAAGAAUAUAUAUGCCGUGAGAGGAAAUCACGAGUGCUACUUCGAGGAUGAUAUGAUAGAAGUUAAUUUGACAAAAAAAUAUCCGAAUUGGCAAAUGCCUAAUUUAUACUACUCAAAGCUAUUCGAUAUUGGGAAUGGAAAGAAAUUAGGUAUAAUCUUUGUUGACUCAUGCUUAGCUCUCUGCUCCAACUACUCCUUCGCAGAUGACCACAACUCUUCUAGAACUCCUCACGAUAAUGAAUAUGCCUCAGAGUAGCAUUUCUAGCUUGUAGAUCGUAUGUGCAAUGAUCCGAGAACACUUGAUCUUGGUGCAGAGAUGUUCCAAUGGAUGAAGGACACAAUGAAUUAAUGGGAUGACGAUUCAUCAAUCAUUUGGAAAGCAACAGUACAGCAUCACCCUCUGUUUGGAAAAUGGUAUCAAGAUUACGCUCACCUAGUCUCUGAUUAUAUGCCCUUAAUGCUAGACCAUAAAUUUGAUUUCUAUUUCAACGGACAUGAACAUACAUUAGAGUAUGCAAAUUAUCCCUAUAGUUAAGUUACAUCUGUUAAACAGAAUGCUGAGCUUCACACGCCUAAAGGUAGACUUAUGGAUUAUGCAUGCUUAGCUGGUUAGGAAAUGCUUUAUGGAGAUGAAGACAGAAACUAAAUAUUUACUCAAGGUGAAGCUCUUCAUCAGUUUACUACUGGAUCUACUGGCUUUGAUUUAUAUCUAGUUUGUCCUGCUCUCCCCUCAAUGGGUAGAUACAAAUACACUCAAAAUAUCUAUCACGGAUUUUCAUAGGUACAUGUUGAUGAGAAUGAAUUUACGGUAAAAUUCCUAGGUGUUGAUGAAUUUACAAACGAUCUAAUUGAACUCUAUAAGGUGACUGUAAUUCAUCCAGGUACUAAUAAAUAAGAAUAGGAAAAGGACUAGCUUCUCCAAGAGUGA